CGUGUAGUAGGGACAGGAAAGGCACAUGUUUAGCAGGCUCAAUUACAGCAACAUGCUCUGAUCUGCUGUAUAUUUUACUUGAAAACAUAGUCACAUGGUUUGACAAAACAAAAGAAAUUCAAGCGAGAGGAGGAGGAAAUGAGGACCGGAUAGCAGCAUGCUUACCUGGCAUAACUUUACUUUCGCAUUAUGCUCACACUCAUGAAUUUACCUGACACAUCUGUGCACUUGGGCACCUGUUGGAGGAACUGACCUGGCCUUUGCGGCCUCACUUAAGGAGAUGACACAGAAUGGGACUAAAGCCUACAAUGGCACUCAUACUGAUGCUCUCAAAAUUGUGAUCGUUGGAGAUGGGGGUUGUGGAAAGACAUCCCUGCUUAUGGUAUACGCCAAAGGAGAUUUCCCAGAGAAAUAUGCUCCAUCUGUGUUUGACAAAUAUGUCACCACUGUGUCUUAUGGAGGUAAAGACAUACAGUUGAAUCUUUAUGAUACAGCAGGCCAAGAAGACUAUGAUCGCUUGAGGCCGCUCUCCUAUCAAGAUGUAAACCUCAUUAUCAUCUGCUAUGAUGUAACAAAUCCAACUUCUUUCGACAAUGUGAUGAUAAAGUGGUACCCUGAGGUCCGUCAUUUCUGCAGAGAUGUUCCCAUUAUCCUCAUAGGGUGCAAGACAGACCUGCGAAAGGACAAAGAGAGGACAAGGAAUCUCAAAGCCUUGGAUUUGGCCCCCAUCACCUAUCUUCAGGGCGACGAGACCAAGAUGCAAAUGAACGCUGAAAUAUACCUGGAGUGUUCGGCAAAAUAUAGAGAAAACGUUGAGGACAUUUUCAGAGAGGCAACCAAACGGGCGUUAGCAGCAAGGGCUAAAGCAAAUCAUGCCCACAAAAAGAAGAGACGUUGCACCAUUCUGUGACCAUUGCAGGAAGAACAGACAGCGAAAACACAUCUUCGUUCACUUUUUGAUACGAACUACAAUAUGUUGUAUACAAUCAAAAAACAUUUGUAAUGCCCCUCAGAAAUGGUUAAGCUGUCUCGAAGGAGUAUUUUUUAUAAGGACAUGAGGAGUGUGUUCUCUCACAGUCCUUCCUGCAAGAAAGACUUAUGGUGCGUUCACAUACAGCGCAAUUACAUACAAAGAAUUGCAAAGCCGGGCGGCGCGAAUUAAGCGAAUGGCACGACUCGAAAUCACUUAAUUCGCAUAAAAAUCCGUAUGGCACGUUGUCGCGAAAGCCUAUCACCAUUGAGAUUGUCCGGGUGUCACUGAUGUAGUAGCAGAAAAAAUCUGGAAAAAUGAAUGAAAAAAUUGUUGUAGCGGUAUGUGUGGGCAUUGUAUGACACAACGUCAUACAUGUACAGAGACCGGACGAAAAAAGACAUCGCUUGGAGGAAAGUGAGCGAGGAAGUUGGACUACCUGGAAAGUUCUGAAAAUAUGUGUGUCUACUUGAUUCCAGCAAUUGGUUGUACUUUACUAUGAACCAAGUCGUAGCCUCCUGUCCUUUUCCGGAAGCGAAGGGGGAAUACUCGCGGGUUCGCGUUACUCACGUGAACGCAAGUUUAAACACACAUUUAUAAUCCAGCGGAGCAAAGCAAGGAGAAAAAAUUAUUUGCGUUGUUUGUGCACGCACCAUUAGUGUUUGACUUAGUUAUAUGACUUCAUGGAAACUUAUCUUCCACAAUUGUAGAUCCAAUAAGACAUGGACAAAACUGGAGUAAAUGCUGCUGUUGUUUUAGGGAAGACCACAAAAAGUUUGGCGCCACUUUGUUGUUACAAUCUUUGUGUUUUAUGAUGCUUUACUGUUUUAACACACAUCUAAUUUUAUGUAGUUCAUUUAAUUUUGUAACUCCUACGUACUAGGAUAUAACAUGUUAUUGAGGGUAUAUUGAGGCAAAUAAAAAACUUUACGUUCAUAACUCGGGAUGAGAGAACUGUACUGAGCAUGUGCGGUAUAACUGUCAUCAGUCUAGUUUGUUUGUGAUUGAAGAAAUUUUGUGUUGCAAUUGCCCCAGUUUCACCUGCUUACACAAUAGUUUAAAUGCAGUUACAAUAUUGUGACAUGGGGUUCCAAAUCUGCCUUUGAUUGUCUUUGUUUUCAGAUGUAUAUUUGGAGAAAUAUCACAAGGUGCUGUAAGCGAUUUUUACUAUUCCCUAAACAUUAUUAAUGAAAUAAGUGUCAUGAGAUAUCUCACCUAUCUCUGGGAAAAGCAAACAAAAAUGUUUCUUCUUUCUGCCUACCGAUCAUAGUAUUGUAAUAGCAGCAAAUUAGUGAGGCUUAAUGCCAUUUUAUUCCAUGUUGUUCAUAACAGUUGCCAGUUGAGUGUGCUAUUUUGCUGCUGAUGUUUUUGACAACCGUUUCUGCUCGAUGUCGGUGUUAAUAAAGCUCAUUUGGUAUCUUUUGAGUGCGGGUUUUAGAAAUAGAGGGUGUGGCUAAUACAUUGGCUCAGCUUGUGGAAAUUCUAGAAUGCGUACAGCACCAUUAACUGUAGACUACCACCAUUUUUGCCACUUUAACUGGAAUUUUAAAUAUAAUAUUCAAGUUCUCACGUGUUCAAAUCUCAUCUAGGGGCCAGAAAGUGCUGAAUUAGAUAUCAUACAUGCAAUGUAAAACA